AUGGUACCCGUCGGUACGAUGGGUCUCCCAAAAGUGUUGUUGGCGCUUGCACUGAUUACAACCUUCAGCGAAGUGUUAUCACAAGAGGACCCCAAGUGCGAAACACCGACAAAGUCGGAGGGAUUCUGCGUUUCAAUUGAACGAUGCCGGAACAUUUACUCGAUCGUUACCUCACCAACACCACCGUCGAGGGGCAUACAGAAUUAUAUUAACCGUGCGGCCUGUACGCUGCCCGGUGUGGUGCGUAGCAUAUGCUGUCAACCGUUGGAGGUUGUGCCGGUUCCCGUUACGACCACAACUACCUCCACUACCACCCUUGCGCCUCCGGUCAAAGUCGGCACUGGGCCAGUGCUGGUGGUUGGCGUCGAUCCCGAUCCAGCCACAUUGAACUGGAGCCUGCUACCGACGACGGACUGCGGAACAAUCACGAUCAACCGGAUAGCGCACGGUAAUGCGACUCGUGUGUUUGAAUACCCCUGGAUGGUGCUGCUGCGAUAUCUAUCGAACGGUCAGCUGCUGGACGGUUGCGGAGGAUCGCUGAUCAACACGCGUUACGUGCUAACAGCGGCACACUGUAUUAAAACAUCCAGCAGGCUCCAGCUAACAAAGGUGCGUCUCGGUGAGCAUGACAAACGCAAGGAAGAGGACUGUCACGUGUAUAGUGAUGGUGAAACCGAAUGUGCAGAUCCAGCGAUCGAAAUUGAUAUCGAGUCGAUGAUCGUACAUAAAAACUACAAUCGCCCGAUCAAAUUUCGACACGAUAUUGGUUUAAUCCGGAUGGCCCAGGAUGUUCAGUAUAGUGAUUCCAUCAAGCCAAUUUGCCUCCCGGUAAAUGAAGCCGUAAGACGUAAAGUAUUGACUAAGUACAUCAUCACCGGCUGGGGUACGACGGAAGAGCAGUCGCUGUCGGAAGUGUUGCUGCAAGCCAUCGUUAACCAUGUUGCAAUACCGGAAUGUCAGCAAAAGAUGAACGAUAACUUCCUGUACGUGACGCUCGCCGACGAGUGGCAGCUGUGUGCGGGCGGUGAAGGGCUAGUUGACUCCUGCCAGGGUGACUCCGGUGGUCCGUUGGGCUUCAGUGUGGACGUAUCAGGGGCUAAGUUCGUGCAGUUCGGUAUCGUUUCGGCUGGUGUGAAAUCGUGCGGUAAGGAAAGUGUCCCGGGAAUUUACACGCGUGUGACCAGCUACAUGGAUUGGAUAGUGGCCAACAUGAAACCAUGA